UCAUAAUCCCUAUAGUAUAUAAGAAAAAAGAGAGAAAACUUCAUGAUUUAUUGAAUGGAUGGUUUAUAUUGGUGUCUGUUGGAAAUCUAAUUCCUUAUGUACAUUUAAACAUAUUUAUGGGACUUUAGAAUAUAUUAAGCCACUCUAGGUUGAAAUACAAAGGACAAAUAUUUACCAAAUUUAAAAAUGAUAAUCAGAUAAAAGUACGAGUGUUUUAAAAGUGGAUGUUCAUAUUUAUGGAACCAUAAAUCCAAUCAUCUGCCAAUGUAAUGAUUGCUUUUUUAAAACACAUUAUCUAUCGAUAUAGUCUGAUUCUUCCAUUUCAUUAAUUAUCUCAAAGGUAUUUGAUUGGGAAUUGAUGUCUGUUUUAUUAUUAAAAAAAGCUAAGUGGCAGGAGUUAAAUAAUUUUAGCUCUGGGUGAUAGAAUAUUAUCAGAAAUGGUUAUUAAUAAGUGAAAAGUGAUUUAAAAAGGAUGAUCUUUUGUAUCUGAAUUGGAUUUAAACUAUGCGUGCUUAAUUAUUUUUGGAUUCGAUGAAGGCAUUAAAAUGUCGGCUAGGUCUACACAUAGGCGAAAGGUUUACCCACAUACUAAAGAUGUAGCCUUAAAUGGGGACAUUACUCAAAUACUGGCUAGACGCAGUCCUACGCCAAAAGCAAGCCCUCCAUCCAAACGCUUUACAAAGCCAUCCUGCAAUCAGUCCCCCGAGAAAACAUUCUCUAGAGAACGUGGCUGUCUUCCAUCAAGUAACAACAACAUCAACAGCAACAUCAAUCACGUGAUGCCUGUUGUAGAAGGGAGAGAGAAAAAUCAAAGAAAUCACACACCAAACGGCAUCCGUGACUUCCAAGAAAUGCCCAUCGAGGAAUGUCGACAGAUAUAUAAAGACGAAAUUAACACGCUUUGGCGGGAAGUAGAGGAUUUCAGACUGACUUGCCAGAAGGAGAUGAUGCGACAACGGACUUUGCUGGACGACCAUCGAAAGAAGUGUGAGGAGGCCAUAAAGCAUGAAACGGUUGUGACAAGGGCCCCUGAUGUUACCGAAGAUAAAGACUACACAACUGAACUCAAAUCUCUGAAAGAAAACAUGCAGAUUCUAGAGCAGAAACAGAAACUUCUGGACCAAGAGGAGCAAAUUGUGGAGAGAGAGGAACUACUCGCAAAAAGACAAGAAAAACUUAAAGAAUAUGAAAAAGAUGUCGAAGAGGCUGAGGCAUUACUUGACAAAAGGCAAAAUGUGGUCAAAAGACGCUCACAAGAUGUUGAAUUCCUGAACCACGACCUGUUGACUAUAAAACAGGAGCUAGAAGAAUCUAUAGACAAAGCAGAAAACAAUAUGGACGAUUCAGAUAUCAGUAAGACCGAUGAAGCAUCAGGAGAACAAACAGAAAGUUUCACAAGUAAUCUUAUUAACUCUCCAGAAACCUCAUGUAAAGCAAGACGUAAUUGGCAGCUAGCUCGACGUCAUUUGAUAGACAAAGUAACCUUGUUAGAAACUACAAUACAACGAUAUAGGACACAAGUGGCCUCCUCAACGGCUACCAUAACUGCCAAAGACAUGGUCAUCUCCAGACUUCAAAAAGAUGCAACAGAGUUACGGGACGAGCUUGAAAUGAAGGAAAAGAAGAUAAAAAAGCUCGAAUCUCAACUAGCUCUUUCACUCGAAGACAAAACACGGAGUGAGAGAAAGUUAGAAAUGCUUUUAGAGGAGUUACAGAACAUUGACUUGAACGCAACAGCGAAGGUUUUGUCUAGUCCGGAAAAAACUCCGUCGAAAAAUGAUACAACGAACAAAAGAAAGUUUAUGAAAAAACAGCAUUCGAUGUUCUCCUUUUUAGCUCAUCACAUAGGUGAUAAAAAUGACAGAAAUGACAAUUCUACGUCUCCUGGACUUAUCCGGCGUAGAACUUUGCUAGAAAGGGAACAUGUGAAAAGUGGACCAAAUACGCCAGUCAAAGGCGUUUCUAAUAAUAGUAGAAUGGACGAAAUUCGAACAGAGAGCGUUAAUUCUCAUAACGAAUCUGAAAGAAAUGCGGACGCGGGGGCAAAAGCAGACGACACGUAUUCUUUAUCAGAACUGCAUGGUGAUUUAGGAAGUAAAGCAUGUACUGUGAUGUGAAAGAAAUAUAUUUGGCUAGUUUGUUUUCCUUUUUCUAUCUAUGCUCAGAAAUUGACAUAGAAAACUGCUUAUCUGAUGAUUAAAAGAUCUGUUCUCAUCGCACAAGUUUCAUAUUUGUUUUUAGUAUGGAUUCAUAAUUAUACUGUUAAGCUUUUGAGUAUUUAAAGGUACAUUAUGCCUGAAACAAAUAUUUGUUUCUUCUUUUAAAAAAAGGAAAACAUGAUUUAUAUAACCUUGUAUUAAUGUAAUAUGCUUGUCACCUACAAAAAUAGCACUGAAUGUUAAAAUUGUCAUAAAAGAAGCGAAUGUAAAGUAGUAUUUUGAUAAAAAAAAAUACUAAGUCACUUAAACUAUACUUAUUGAAGAAAUAAAGGGCUCAGUUAAUACGCAAAUGAGUAACUUUUUGAUCAUUAUUAAAGUACACCAAAAAAAAUAAAUAAAAAUGUUGUUGAGAAAUAAAAAUAAAUAGUAUUUAUUGGGCAUAAUGGGCCUUUAACAGUAAGUUAUUACGACACUUUCACUUGUGAAUUACCUGUAUCACGGCAUAUAAAUACACAGAAAGUUUUAAUCGAAUAUAUAUGCAAAUCACAAAGCUAUAUAGACUUUUUUAAAUUAUAUUUUGUGUCAGAUGAACACUUUAAUAAUAUGUAUUAUACUUUUUUAUAUAGAGUACUUUUCUUGUGAAAGGUAAUUAAGAUAUAUUAAUAUAUAUAAUGGCACUCUCAUUGCUUUAUAUGGAAGCAUGCCAUUUUACAAUUAUUGACUAGUGAGUUAUUGAAUAUGAUGUGAUAUUCACCGGCAAAUGACAUAUUGACCGAGGCGAUAGACGAGGUCAGUAUGACAUUUUUGCCGGUGAAUAUCACAUCAUAUUCAAUGAGUCAUUAGUCAGUAACUGUUUUAUUAUAUGAUAAGCAUAAUAUUAAAAUACGCACACAAAAAGUAAAGCCUAACAUUAAAAAUAGGUAAUCAAUAUAUUGUACAUGCCUAAAUCAUAUUCACCCAGUGAAUAUGAUUUACGCACGCGCAAUCGAUUGCCUUCCUGUAUGGUUAUUUUCCUGUAUGUGUCAUAUUCUAUUUUUAGAUUGGGAAAAUUCGGCUAUUUCAUCCAGUGAAUAUGAUAAUACACCCAGUGAAUAUGAUUUUAUGAUUUGUUAUGUUGACUACUGUUUGAACCAAUGAGAUUGCAGCUAUUAUUAGAUCAUAUAAUAAAAGAGAUUGUAAAACGAUGCAACGGCUAGAAUUGAAUGAAAGCUAUUUUGCAAUAAAAUCUUUGAUGUCGAUAAAAUGAAACCUUGUCUAUUCCACAAAAGUUCUUGUUCAUCAUACUUUAGUUUACUUAUAUAACAAAAUCAUCCAAAUGUACAAUCCUAAACGGAAUAGUUGCUUUAGAUUUAAUUGCAAUAUUAUGUAUUAGGGAUCAUCCCAGUAAAAAUCUGUUUUAUUUUUAUUUUUCUAUACUUCUGUUUAAUUGUAAAUAAGCAAUUGAUACAGUAUACACUCUACAGAACGACCAUCUGACGACCAACUACCUCUUAAAAGCACCUCAAUCAUUUCUACCGAAAGUAACAAUUCACAACACAUUUUACCUCUCUAUAACAACACUUCUCAUUCUUAGCAACAACCAAUUAUUGUUUCUCCCAAAGGGUGUUUCACUGCACAGGUUGUACUGUAAUCAUGAUGCUAUUUUUUAUUCUUUUAUAGAGUUUAUUUAAAUUAAAGAAAUAAAUAUUU